GUUUCGGCGUGUUUGCCACGCAGACAGAUGUGCAAGAUGUCUGAGCGCGCAGUUCUUCACUUUAUUCUCUGUCUUCAGCUUCUCUGUUUUAGUGGCUUUCUCGAGUUAAUUUGUGCAAGCGAGUCAAAGGAUGAGGUACAAAUCGAGGUUGUAUUCGUACCUGAAAACUGCACCCAGAAAGUGAGGAAAGGAGACUUAUUGCACGCGCAUUAUGAUGGGUUUCUGGCAAAGGACGGAUCUCAGUUCUACUGCAGUCGCUCAGCUAAAGAUGGACAGCCCCAUUGGUUUGUUCAUGGGGUUGGUGAGGUCAUCAAAGGCCUGGAUCUGGGCCUGAAAGAUAUGUGUCCUGGCGAGAAGAGAAAGAUCACAGUACCUCCUUCAUUGGCAUUUGGUGAGAAAGGAAAAGAUCCUGUGCCACCCAAUGCAACCGUGAUCUUUGAGGUAGAGCUUUUGCAUGUGCGACGAGGCCCACGCAGCAUGGAAGCCUUCAAGGAAAUGGACCUCAACAACGACCGGACUCUUACGAAAGAAGAGGUGAGAGAACACUUAAAGAUGGAAGCAAAGAAAUUAAAUGUACAGAAAGAAGAGUCCUACUUCGAAGAAGUUGUGUCCGAUAUUUUCCGGAGGAAUGACAAGGAUGUGGAUGGAACUUUGACCGUAAAAGAGUACAAUGUCUAUGAGCAUGAUGAGCUUUAGCUGCUAACAGACAUUGCAUUUCUUAAUACAGUAGUUAUUUUUUAUGCUGGUGUGGGGUAUGUUUUUUUUUUAAGGAGGAGGACUCCACUCUGGCUAUGCAAACUUUAAAUAAAGAUUUUUUUUAAUGGAUAA